AUUAAAUGUAGACAUCUGAUUGGUUAGCUACAAAAAAUAUUCUUGUACAGGACUUUCUGAAUUGAGAAAACCAGUCAGGAGACUAGCAACACAUAUUUAAGAAAAAAGAAAGAUAUGUCAAGUGCACUUGAUAUGACUUAUUACUAUAGAAAAUAAUGGCCAGGGUUUCUAUGUUUUGGGCCAGGCCCCUGGUUCCAUUAAGAGCCAACUUUAACGCUACAGCGUACAAUGACAUUCUUGACAGCUUCCUGCAUUGUGUCAACAGUUCGGGAAAGGUUUUUUACUGUUUCAGCAAAAUAAUGCCUCUACACAAAGUGAUUUCUAUAACUACAGUAUAUUCUAUAUUCUAAAUUGUCCCUUUAUACAUUUCUGUAAAUACACGCACCAAGUUACAAUAAACUGCAGUUUUAAUCUAAAAAUGUAUCCAAACAGGUCCAAAAUUAUUAUUUCUCCAAAAAAUAAAUGCAACUGUUAAACAACAUGAGCAUAUUUGCUGUUCCACUAAGUGGUUGCUUCUCUGUAAAUCAUGCUGGCAGUGCAGGAGUUAAGAGUCCUGCUGCUGCAUCGCAGCAUCUGAGGAUUUGAUUUUCAGGGAUGCAAAGCAUUAGAGCAGCCAAUAGUAAUCCAGAAGGACGAGCAAAUCAGAAGCUGUCUUGCAUCUUGCAAGUGUGGGUACCAGACAUCACUAUCUGCCCUACAAAAAUCCCGGCACAGAUAGGACCAUGUGUGCAAUGGAUUCUUUUCACAGCUUUGGUGACCCCUCUCAAUGACACAGUCAGAAAGUUGCAGAUUAAUGUCUCCCCCUUCUGGGGGGAAGAUACAUGACUGGUUAAGAUUUAAAAGCUCAGUGCUGGAGAUUGCUGUGUGUGGUGGAACGUGUUGUACCAAAGGCCCAAGUAACGGAAAGCUAAGGCAGCUGUAGUUUGUAUCCAAAACCACGCUGCCCACCUGUAUGUGGCUGCAGUGUGGUAGACGUGUGCAACACUGAGGAUCCUUUUGAUGAGCAGCUGAUAUUACCUUCUGUCAUAUGGAUUCCACCCUGCAGGAAGACCCACCUUGCAAUAGAUUCUCCGAGUUCAUGCAGGUGCUCGCUGUACUCAAGUGGAUCCUGACAUUCCUAUUUCUCGGCCCAGUUUGUGUUCUUUUAAUCACUUGGAUUUUCUGUAGCCAAUUAUGGCCUUUACUCGCAUUGUACAUGGUAUGGCUGCUAUCUGAUUGGAAAACACCAGAGAGAGGUGGAAGAAAAUCCGAGUGGAUGAGCAAAUGGACCAUAUGGAAACAUUUAAGAGACUAUUUCCCUAUAAGGCUCCACAAAACAGCAAAUCUGGAUCCGCAACAAAAUUACAUCUUAGGAUACCACCCUCAUGGAAUCAUGAGCAUUGGAGCAUUCUGUAAUUUUGGCACAGACCGUGCUGAAUUUUCUCACUUGUUUCCUGGACUGAAACCAUAUCUUACCACUCUAGGUGGAAAUUUCAAGGUGCCUUUUUACAGAGAUUAUCUGCUGGCUGCAGGGAUGUGUUCAGUGACCCAUUCAUCCAUAGACUACCUUAUGUCCCAUCAUGGCACUGGAAAUGCAGUGGUGAUUGUAGUGGGUGGUUCAGCAGAAGCAUUGCAUUGUAACGCUCAAAGCCAUAUCCUUACUCUAAAGAACAGAAAGGGCUUUGUAAAAAAGGCUCUCAUUCAUGGCUCAUCCUUGGUUCCUGUAUAUUCAUUCGGAGAGAAUGAAGUUCUUCAUCAAUGCCACUUUGCAACAGGAAGUUGGAAAAAAAGUCUUCAAGACAUGUUCCAACACUGGGUUGGUUUCGCUCCCUGUAUCUUCUAUGGGCAAGGGUUGUUCUCCAGUACUUCCAAAGGAAUAUUGCCCUUCCGGAAGCCCAUCAACACUGUUGUUGGAAAGCCCAUCCCUGUGCCUAGAAUACAGAAACCCUCGGAUGAGCAAGUACAGAAAUACCAUGCUUUAUAUGUCAGUGCUCUACUUGAACUCUUCAAUACCCACAAGGAACGGUUUGGCCUACAGAAAAGCGACUCUCUGAUUCUACUUUAAAAUUGCAGAUUCCAAUUAAUAACACAGUGAUAACGCAUUGCAAUUUUUCCUUGGAAACUAAACAUUUUUGAAUGUGAUGUUAGAAGCGAUUAAAUUACUAAACUUGAAAGUA